AUGUCUCGCGCUGCGGAGAGACUCCGACUGAUGAUCAAUCAUCUCGAUCGAUCAUCGGCUUCGAUUAUCUGUGAGGCGGCAUCUGCUCACGCCGUCACCUCCGGCCCCCUGCAGAGACUGAGGUACUCUUCUGAUACGGGCGUGCUGACCCCAGAGCAGCGGCUCUUCUACGAGGAGAACGGCUUCCUCGUCAUCAGGGAUCUGGUGUCUGACGAGGACAUCCAGAGGUUCAGGAAGGAGUUCGAACGGAUUUGUCGGGGAGAAGUGAAGGUUCCCGGCCUGAUCGUGAUGCGGGACGUGGCGAUCGCCAAGUCCGAGUUCGUUCCGGACCAGAGAGCCGUUUCCAAACUGCAGGACUUUCAGGAGAGCCCCGAACUGUUUCGUUACUGCUCGUUACCGCAGAUCCUGCGGUACGUGGAGAGUUUCACUGGACCCAACAUCAUGGCCAUGCACACCAUGCUGAUCAACAAACCUCCUGAUGCAGGUAAGAAGACGUCUCGACACCCGAUGCACCAGGAUCUGCAUUACUUCCCGUUCCGCCCAUCGGAUCGGAUCGUCUGCGCCUGGACGGCGAUGGAGAGAGUGAACAGGCAGAACGGCUGCCUGGUCGUCCUGCCAGGAAGUCACGAGCGCUCCCUGCAGGAGCACGACUACCCCGACUGGGAGGACGGGGUGAACAAGAUGUACCACGGAGUGAGAAACUACGACCCGGAUCACCCCAGGGUGCACGUGGAGAUGGAGAAGGGCGACACGGUCUUCUUCCACCCGCUGCUCAUCCACGGCUCCGGCAUGAACCAGACGCACGGCUUCCGCAAGGCCAUCUCCUGCCACUACGCCAGCGGUGAUUGUUACUACAUCGACGUGAAAGGAACCACGCAGGAAAACAUUGAGAACGAGGUGAAAGAGAUCGUAAAGAGGAAGCACGGCGUCGACGACGUCGCCUUCAAGGAUAGCUGGGCCUUCAGGGGCCGCCUGGUGCAGGGAGAGAGGAAAACUCUGUGAAGAAGCACCGAUGGGACAAGAAAAACUUCAUCUAUCAAGCUUUCAAGUCAACGUGGAAAAUGAAAAGAUUAUAAUCCAGGACAUAAACUUUUGAAAUGAUCGAUUUUAGUGUAAAAAUAACUAAAAAUCAUUGUGUGUCAAAAAGAGAUCGAGUGAAAUGGUAAAGAUGACGCAGAGGAGAAAGAAAAAUCAAAGUUUCUGUAGAUCUAGAGGUAAUUAAAACCAAGUGAGGCCUUGAUCCUAACAUAAGUGUUAUGCUCAAUUAAAAUUGUAUAUGAUUUAAAUGUUUUAUGAGCGCUUGUAUGUUUAUGAGGAAAUAUAUUUUUUAAAUUUAAUAAUUUAUUAACAUUAAUAAUA